GGGAGGAGGGGUUGAGGGCAUUCAUCAUCACCACCUCUCUCUCCAACUCUUCUGACAGCGCCCGACACAGAAGCAAAAAGAGAGCACACAGGAUAUGAGUAAAAUAAAUACCUGGACACUUUCUAUCCCCCCGAAGUUGGAUUGAGGUUGAGGCCGAGAUUUAGCAAGGUUGGUUGGAUGUGUCUUUGUGUUACAUGUGAUCCAGGAUAUAGCAGAGAAGAACUACCCUGUUGACCCGUUGGAAGUUGGAUUUCACAACAACAAGAGGCGCUUUUGUUUUGUAACGCCGCUAUUUUGGGAAAACAAUUUGUCCUGUUUUAGAUGUUAGAGGAUCCUUUUCUGGGGACUUUUAGGAUGUCAUCCUCACAGGGUCUGUGAUCUAACACCCAACGCUGUCCGUUUUGGAGGGUUCUGAACGGAUGACAGCCCAGGAGAUGCACCAGAGUGGCAUCUACAGCUACUUCCUCAACAUGUUUGCCUACCAGAUAUGUUGCUGCUGUGGCCCGGCCCCGUGUUCACUGUGCUGCUCCUUCUGCCCCCCGGUGAAGUCAUCGUCCAGCACGAGGAUCAUGUACACACUCUUCCACAUCAUGGCCUGCGCCGUCUCCUGUCUCAUGCUCUCACGCACUGUCUCCGAGGCUGUCCGGGACAAUGUGCCUUUCUUCAACAUGGUGUGUGACCAGGCCCAUGGAGGAGGGCACUGUGAGAUGCUGGUUGGCUACUCAGCGGUCUACAGGGUCUGCUUUGGCACUGCCUGCUUCUACCUGAUGAUGGCGCUGUUCCUCAUCGAUGUCAAGUCCAGCCAGGACUUCAGAGCGCUCAUCCACAAUGGGUUCUGGUUUCUGAAGUUCAUCACCUUGCUUGGGAUGUGUACUGCUGCCUUCUUCAUCCCUACUGAGUCCUUCCUGCAUGCCUGGCACUACGUAGGCGUGGUGGGAGGAUUUGCCUUCAUCCUCAUCCAGCUCAGUCUCAUCACAGCAUUUGCCCACACCUGGAACAAGAACUGGUUAACAGGGGCGGCAGAGGACAAGCGCUGGUACCUGGCGGUGAUGUGUGCCACCCUGUUCUUCUACAGCAUCGCCACCAUGGCCUUCACCUUCAUGUAUAAGUACUACACCCACCCCACCGCCUGCCAGUCCAACAAGGUCCUGCUGUGGACCAACCUGACCCUGUGUGGCAUCAUGUCCUUCAUCGCCGUCACGCCCUGUGUACAGCAGAAACAGCCCCGUUCAGGGCUCCUGCAGGCUUCCAUCAUCAGCUGCUACGUCAUGUAUCUCACCUUGUCUGCCCUGUCCAGCCGGCCCCCAGAGAAAAUGGUGUACCAGGGGGUCAAUAUGACAGUAUGUUACCCCAGUGUGGGUCAGGAUGGCAUCCACAAGGAGACCAACGCGGUGGCCAUUAUAGGAGCUGCCAUCAUGUACUGCUGUGUGCUCUUCGCAUGUAACGAAGCAUCCUACCUAGCAGAGGUUUUUGGCCCUUUCUGGAUGAUCAAAGUUUACCGCUAUGAGUUCCAGAAAGCCACAUGCUGCUUCUGCUGCCCUGACAAAGAGGAAGAGGUGGAGUUUGUGAUUGACGAAGAUAUCAAGGGCUGCCAGAAGGUGAUUCACAACGAGAACCAGAGAGUGGCUUACAGCUACUUCUUCUUCCACUUCGUCUUCUUCCUGGCCUCGCUCUACGUCAUGAUGACCCUAACCAACUGGUUCAGCUAUGAGUCAGCGGUGCUGGAGACCACGUUCACCCACGGCAGCUGGUCCACGUUCUGGGUGAAGAUGUCGUCGUGUUGGGCAUGCGUGGUACUCUACCUCUGGCUGCUGCUGAGCCCACUCUGCCACUGUGGCUCCGACUCCCACCGCCCGCGACGUUCCCGCAUUAAACGCCGCUCAGCCAACUCCUCCAGUCACGUCAGUGUGAGCGUCUGACCUGUGACCUUUGGGCCAGAGCCUGGCUUCUGGGGGUGGAGAACAGGAUAGGACAGCUAGCAGGAGAAGAUGGACAAUUGCCCCCGCUGUGGUACCCUGAAGGUGGAGGGUGGUUUUGAUGAUGUCCCCUUGCACCCUCAACCGGUCUGCCAUAUUGAGGUCAGAUGUCAGCGGUCAGAGAUGAGAUGUCAUGGGUCAGAGACUCACUCCAGCUAGAAGGACAGACUAACAGACUAACCAGAGGAUUAAUGAUUGAAUCUGAUGUUCCUCACACAGACCACCUGAACCUCCAAACAUGGGACUAACCAGACUGUGCUCUGAAACAGGAACAAAGACCCUAUACAGAAUCACUACAUCCUGCCAUCCAAACUGAUUUCGCAACAUUUCACUAGUUUCACUCGGUAAGUGAAGUAUUCAGUCUGGUUUAACCAGGCUAGAACCACUAUGGACUACUAUGCUGAGACUGCCAAAAGGGAACAAAAAGGAUGAGCUCUCGACUCGCGUACGACGGGAGCUGUAGGGAAAUGUUGGCUGACUUUUUACUCUUUUUGAAUAUUUUAUUUCUUAUAGUAAGGACUGUGUAGCAUUUUUAAAAUUACAACCAGGGGUAGAUUUGUCAGUAGGAUCAUUCCUUUUCUCAGUGGUUUCAACAACUGAAGGUUUACCUGAAUGUUUCGGUGAAAGUUUCCCUGAACGUUUCACACCAUUUCUAAAGGUUUACAUUAAGAUUUUGCACAUUAGUGUGUUCAUACUGUUUGAAUAUGUUCGCUCUGGUGUGGAGCUAAUGUGAAUUAUAAAAUAAAAUAUUACUUAACACUUUCGCCAACAGGUAUAAUGCUAUAUUACUUGUUAUAAGCAUGUAUGAGCCUUUAUAAUGCCUUACAAUAAGGUCUAUUCUGUUUUAUGUUGGCCGAGCAAAUUUCCAACGGACCUAAUGGCUUAUAUAGUCAGGAUCAUUAUGCGUUGAUUACAACACAUUAUAAGGGGUUCAUAGAUGUUCAUGACAAGUAUUUCAAUGCAUUAUAUCUGUCGGCUUUAAGUAAAAUGUUACCAAAUACUCUUAUACCAAUUAUUUAUUUCGCAAUGCCUUUUUAACAUCGUGGGAGUGGUGUAUCCAUUUCUAAAUUGGUUUUUGAAAGGAAAAUGUGGUAAAAUUGUUUUGGCAGUUAAGUUUUACAAGAAACCCCAGCUACAAGACCCUGACAUGUCUGGUUUAAAGGGGCUCUCUGUGAUCUGGGGUGUAUUUGCUAGGAACAGAAUGGAAACAAAUGUGCCGAAACGGGAAGAGACCUACCUGGAAUUUUCCAAUAUGAAAGCUUGUUUUUGUAUUCACAUUUCAAAAUGCUUCGCUACGGAGUGCACUAAUGAAUGCACCCGUGUUUUAGAAGAACCAUUGAGGAUCGAGAGCCACGUUUCUGUGAAGACUUCUCCACAGUUAAUGACCAAUAAUUUGACUCUGUAAAACCUUUGUGUACGAUACUGCAUUUAGGUCCUUUUUUAGCUCAUUUCAUGUUACUAUGAUAGCAGGUGUGUGAAGUUAUUUUUGUAAAUACAUUUUGUAAUGAAACACAGCUUCUGUUGAUUAAAGUGUGAUAUUUUUGUAAGCAAACAAACCCUAAAAUCACAUUGGAUUCCGAUUAGUUUCCCAAAUUCCAUUUUUCCCUUUUGUAUUUUUCAGGUUUUCGCUCUCAGAAAUUACACUUUUUCUGGUAAGCGUUAUGGCGAUCGGUUCUCUAAUCACAUGACAUGGCUGGGAAAAAACUAUAACCCAGUUUAACUAACAGUUCACACAAUUCAAAAUGUGCCCCUAACUAGAUGGUCGUUUUCAAUCAAGAAAAAUUGUUUUCGCUCUCAGAAAUCACACCUUUUAAUUUUUUUUACACAUAACAACAAAAAUGGAUGUUCCAAGUCCACAACAAUGCUUGAACCACAUCAGGGCACCACUUUUGAGGUCUGUGAAAAAUAGAAAAUAAUUUCAAUUUUUGGGUGUAGUUACCCUUUAAUGCAACUGUGCACCAGGAAGAGACUGUUUGGUUAGUGUUGUUUCUGUGGCGCUCAUAUGAUUGCAGAAUUUGCAAAACAAAUGGCCACUGGAUUGAUGCAAAUAAUCAUAUCAUUCUGCCAGGUAGGCAUAGGCUACUUUGUAGUUAACAUUUAAUUGAGAAGGUUUUGGGAAAAGCCUUUCUAUCUCUACCAGAAGACGUUUAUCAUUACCAUCAUUGCUAAUGGCUACACAAAGUGUAGACAUAUGCACGCACACACACACUCCUUUUCCAACUCAGAAAGUAUUCUGACUGAACGGAAUAGGCUACACACGCUCAUUCAAAUUCAAAUAUCUAAACUACAGUUGUUGCGUGUGAAAAGGUUUCACGUACAAAAAAUAAAAAGUCAAUGUGCAUCAGCCUUUCUUCUUUCCCUACUCUCGCUUCGCUUGUUAGAUAUUAAGCACAUUGAUAGUUCGCUAGCAAACCUCUCCUGUUGAUGUACUUUAUCAUAGCAGCAGGCUAACAGGAGGCAGCAGCAGUCUAAAUGAUCAGAUCGAAACAUGCGAUGAGAAGUGAUCAAGUGAAAUAUGAAGCAAGUGAACAGAGACAGCUUCACUCUAUCCAAUCAGAACAGCAGGAUCAACAUACAGCCCUCCCUUCUCUUUACAGACAGGCAACUAGCCAGUUGAGGUAUGUACACCACCGUGCUGAGGAGGACGACACGCUGUUGCCUUGGCUGCCACCUCUGGAGUAGUAGCUGCUUUCUUGUUCACAAUUCUUCAUCCACCCUUUUCACCCUCUGCUUUACUUUCCCUGAGAGUGUGAGUAUCCAUAGCAACGACUUAAUGAAGAGACAUGAGAGAGCUGUUAGCUGAAGUUAGCCAGCUAAUUUUCUCCACUCAACUCAAACAGCAGAUACUUCUGUUCUGAUUCCAGAUUUGAAUAGCAGAGAAGUAGAGGAAGAUAUCAAAUGCCCAAUGUAUCUAACUUGUUGAGAAACUGGUCAGCUGAUUUGUCAAAAGUUGCAGUGAAUGGAAUGUUAGAAGUCUGGAAGUUGAUAUUGUCACAAUGGGAUCUUUAGAAAUCCCAUGGAAUUGAAUGAAGAUGGGAAAUAAAAUAGUUUCAUUUAAAAAAAUAAUUUUUAAACUAUCAAAAAGUUGUAUGCAAGCACUCAGCAGGUUUUAAAGUUUGAAUGAUGUUUCUAGGGUAAUCUACUUAUACAAACUACACAAAAAUGCAUAUGAGUACAGACCUUGUAAAAGGCCUUGUAAAAUGUGGUGUCGGUGGUGUUAAAGAAAGCAAUGUGUUGGCAAAUUUUUAAAACCUUAUAAUAAAAAAUAACUUGUUACAGCAUAGUUAAUGUAUAGGAAUAGACUGCACAUAAUUCACCAGUCAUUCAAAUGAAAUAUGUUUCUUAUAUUUGUAGCUACUCAGUGCCACACCAAUAUAAAAUACUGAAUAAUACAUAUUUUAGUUUCUCACAAAAGUAAAUAUUCAUGUGAAUUAGACAAUAGGAGACCUAACAAAACAGACUAAGGGAACCUGAUUGAUUUAAAAUUUCAAAACACAGUAACACUUUACAUUAACUUGCUCUUAUGUCAGUGUAGAUUUAAAUGCAUAGUAAUAGUAGUAGAGUUGAGCGGUUUCUGUUACUACACAAGUGAAAUAAACUCAACCCCAUCACUACGCAAUUACAAUGCAAUUCAUGAAGUACUGUGCUAUAACAUGUAACUACAAUGCUACUAGUGUAAUUAAUGACACGGUUACUACACAGGUAUAAGAGCAAAUUAAUGUAAAUUGUUACCCAAAACACAUACAUCAAUAGAUAGAAAUACAUUGAUAGAUUUAAAAAAAAUACUAUAUUUUAGAAGCAAAACACAAAUAUAAAUGUUAUGAUCUAGAUAUUAUUUUGCCACAUAAAUACAAUAUGGAACGAUAUGUAGUUUUAUACAUCUUAGGUAUGAGAAGAAAGUAAAGUGUCACAUUUAUUUUGACAUAGAGAGACUGAACUGUUAGCAGUCCUGGGGAGUAGUUCCACUACAUUUAAUUCAGUUAGUAAUUUACCUAUAUUUUGUAGUAACUACAUUCAAAUCUUUGUAGUGUCUUUGGUAGUUAAUUACUUGUUUUAGCCAUGUAGCUAUCUACUGGAACUGCCCACUACAUUUAUUCAACUACCCCUUAUUUUUCUCUCUCUCCCUGGCCACUGGGCUAACCCAAAGCACUCACUCUGGCUGUCCCACAGAUCUCACUACACUGUUAACAUCUGACUCCAGAUUGAUGUGUUCUUGCAGUCAUUUUUCUUAACUGUGUAGUCGAUGACAUUUCAGAUUUAGAUAUGAUAGAUUUUUACGAAGUAGUUUGGAUGUAGUGAACUACUUUUUCAAAGUAACUAUUAAAGUCAACUAUAUUUUUCUUUAGGGUAGCGUAAUGGUUCUAUUCAAUCAGAUCCGCUUUAGCCGACAUCCGCAUAGCAGUUGUUCAGGCAGUGUCGGAGGUGGAACUGCGUUAGAGCAGAUCCUGGCAUUAUACCUGAAGCGGACAUUGCUAUUGGCUGCACGGAGUCGCAUUAAGUGAAAUCU